CCAUUCGAAGGGAGAGGACUAAAUCCGAUUGAAAUCAUAGACACGCAACUCAUACUGUGAAAAGUGGGAAACAGUAGACUCAAAUUGUGGUGUUUUCAUAGCUAGCCUUAUUCGACACGAGAGAAUCGCGUUAUUCUAGCUUUAGACUAUUUCGUGAAAUUCGGGCUAUUGCUGUUUAUCAAAAUUUACUUAUUUACAUUUUAAAAUAUCUUUAGUUAUAGUGGAAAUAAAUAUCAAUCUUGAUAAUAAGUGAGAAGCUUGUGUUCCAAUAGUGUUUCCUGAAACGAUACUUGGAUGUCUCGUUCUUCUAAAAAGCAAACAAACCAGAUGUGAAAAUGCUGAUAGCAUAAAAUUGAAGUGGAUUAACUGAAAUAAUGCAAUUAGUGAGUUCAAUUCAAGGAAUAUCAAAUAUCUUGGCAGGUAAUGUAGCGACUCGAGCAUAAAGCACAGAAAGUCAUAGAGCGAAAUCCACUAUAGUCAGAAGAAUCGAUUAGGAGUUCGACUGUUAUCGGACUAAGAUUACUAAUUCGCAUGUGUGGCAGCGGUUACUAUGGCAACAACCAAUAUCAGCUGAAAGCUGGAUAUUAUUCGUCAUAGUAAGCUGCUGCCGGGAAACAGGAUUCUAAAAUAAACUAAGACCAACAUAUGGAUAAACAACAAAUCGUUACGUACAUAAAAGGAAGGAGGGUGGGGAAGGAGAUUGCAAUCAAUUGAAUCCCGAAGCCAACUGGGAAUUAUAAAAUUUCGUCAGGCCAGCGUGGUGCUUUCGAGAAAGGUGGAAGGUCAUCGACCCCACUUCAAACAACGCCGUCUUUUAGAAACCCAAAGAAUAACAAUGUACACAUUCAAAAUGAAAUGCACUUCAUUUAGAACGAGAUAACAAGGAGCUGGAGAUAUGGGUCACCACUGUUCCAGUUAAUAUUAAAAUUGCACAUAUCCCUGACAACCCGGUAACACAAAACUGUAUCCAGUCAUUUACCUGCAACCAUUCAUUCACCUGUAACCACUUACGCGGAAGGCGCCAUCUCGCCUACACCUAAAGCACAAACGAAAAAUAAUUGAAACAAUGUCUCAGAACAGUAACAAUAACACAAGUGCAUCAAGUAGCGAGGAUGAGGACGACAAACCCUUGAAACAUGGUUGCGAAGACACUUGGACGUGGAGUAAACGAUAUCGAUCCAAGGAAGUUGUCCUUAGCGGUGCAAACAACAGAACCGUUCAUUUUCACCCCAACUGGAGUAAAGGGACUGCUGGUGUACUGGGUAAACGACCCCUAAACAACGGACGUUUCUAUUGGGAACUCCACGUGUCGCAGCGUGUUUUCGGUACAAGCAUAAUGUUCGGAAUCGGAACAAAGUAUGCCAGAUUGCAUGCAAAUUCAUUCAUUAAUAUGUUAGGGGAGGACGAGCAAGGAUGGGGGCUAUCACAUAAAGGUGUCCUUUGGCAUAUGGGAAUAGCACUGCUGUACACGAAGAGAUUCAAGGAAAAUAAAGCUACAAUUAUUGGAGUGCUAUUCGAUGGGAUUGAAGGGACGUUGACAUACUAUAAGGAUGGCAAGUGCCUGGGGAUUGCAUUCAGAGGGUUGGAUAAGGUCAAAGAGCCACUCUACCCUAUUGUCUGCUCAACGGCCGCUAAAACUGAAAUGACUUUGAGGUCAACUCGUCGAGACUUUGUGAAUCUUCAAGAUCGAUGUCGGGCGGAGAUUAUUAAGCAUAUAAGAAAUCAAUGGGAUCUGUUGCAAUUAAAACUUCCACCGGCUAUUCGUGAGUAUCUAGCGGAAGGAUACAAUGACAUGAAACCACUUCGACCUGUAGAUAAUUAUGACGUCCUUUACGAUUUUUAGAUUAGAUACUUUACUUAUAUCAAGAUGAAAUUUUCCCAUCGAGAUUCGAUUCUCUUGGAUUCCAGGUACUUACAGAAAAGUUAUCGAAGAAGAGUCGAAAUCAGAAUAUGUAACUACAUCUAAAUAUAAGGAUAGCAUUUAAGUUUUAGUUAUUUUCAGAAUCUGCUAAUAUUAUGACGUCAGCAGAGGCUAGUCAGUAGUCCAUAUAAGUUUUUAUUUUCUAUCGUUAUCAGUUUACUGUUUUCCCAUUAAAUCAUUAGAAUGUGAUUUGAUGAAAUAUGAGUCAAUCUAGUCAAAACAGAAUUAAUUUUAAGUACCAUCCCGUACAGGAAGUUAGUUAUUGAUAAAGUAGCGUUAUUUUCAAGUAAACGUAAAAUAGGUCAUUGAAGUAAGAGAGUUCUUAGUAUUUUAUGUUUUGCAAAUGGCAAUGUAGGGUUGAAAAGCCGAAAAAAAAUUUCCCACGAAGUUUAAAAAUUGGCUUCACAUCACUCAACCGCACUAUGUU